GUCUAUACGAUAGAACUCCUGAGGGGAGAAUAUGCUGAAAAAUUCAUGUUGAGGUCAAGGUGUGAACGUGCGGUGGGAUACAGGGAUCAAUACAUCUACAUAUUCCAAGGAAGCAAACUGUGUGUUGUUAUCCUGCAAGAAGACAGCUGGGACAGGGCAGGGCCUAGAACAGCAUGUCUAAGCUUCCAUCCAGAUUCAGUACGUGGAACACAGUAACCACAAAAACUGGACCUUAUCGGAAGAAAGAUGGCAGUGUUGUGUAUAGAACGAAGCGACCGUUGGCAAGACCCCGCCAUUCGGCUCGAUCUCAGCAGCCAACGCGAUACCCAGUAGCCAAAAACCAAAAGGGUCUUCUGGAGCUAAAGCUCUGUCAUUAUCAUUUGAUUGAAUUUCCAAAAGACGUCUUAAACUUUACUGGUCUUCAACACCUCGACUUAUCACAUAACGUUAUUCAAGAAAUACCGGGAGCUAUUGGACGAAUGCGAAGGCUAAAAGUUCUGCAUCUCCAUGAUAACAAAAUCAGUCGUCUGCCAGAAACCUUAUCCAAUUGUAUUCACUUAGAGGACAUCAACUUGACCAAAAACGAACUAUCCUCUCUUCCUCAAAACAUCGGCGCAUUAAAAUCAUUGCAAACGUUUCGUCUUGGUGAAAACAGAUUUGAAAGUCUGCCACACGAUAUCAGUCUCCUUGGUAACCUGAAAUACCUCGAUGUUCACGGCAACCAUUUGUGGUACUUGCCGUUUGCGCUGUCGCUCUUGGGGAAGCUGCAUUAUUUGAACCUCGCAGACAACAAAUUCGAGCAUCUUCCACUCCCAGUCUGCCACAUAACCUCUCUUAAAGCCCUUCAGCUACGAGGUAAUGGUCUUGCUAACCUACCACCUGAUUUCGACUCUCUUAAACAGCUAAGAGAAGUAAAUCUGAGCUUCAAUAAGCUCCAGAUGAUACCCUCCAGCAUUACUAACCUCCCAGAGCUUAAAUAUUUGAACCUCGCGGGAAAUAAAAUUCGCCACGUUUCGCACCACUUCGCCAGCUUUGCCAAAUUAAGAGUGUUGCAUCUGCAAGGUAAUGAAAUCGAACACUUUGCUGAAGGAUUCGUACACAUGCGUUAUUUGAACGUGUCAGAAAACAGACUUUACACGCUUACUGUUGGGAGAAUGAAGAAGCUGCAGCACUUAAACGCUAGCUUCAAUCAGCUGGACAACAUUCCCGCUGGACUCCUUUCGUGUCCGAAACUGGAAGAGCUCAAACUAAAUGGGAACAAAAUACAAGUGAUUCCGCAUGAAAUCAUACAACUGCAGAAACUACGGGUGCUGGACCUCGGCAAGAACGAACUAACAUGUUUUCCUCAAGUCAUCGACAAAAUGGUGAAACUAGAUUACUUUAACGUACGAGGAAACUUCAUCAAACAGAGAGAAGGAUCGCCCAAACAGGUGUGGCCUCAGAGCUUUUCAGUGAUGGUGAAAAAAGACAAGCCUUCACCACGAUCAGUCAAAACCCCCAUUCAUGUAAACCAGAAGCCCAAAAAAGCCAUGUCGGGCCACAACCAAUCAGCUCGCAAAAAGCCAAGGUACACCACACAGUCACAGCACCUUGACGAGUUGUUGCAGAAUGGUUUCUCACUCCGCCAUAUUGAAAACGGCCAUGAUUCCGUGAUGCAUCACUAUAAAAGGGAAGAGGAGUUAGGCCACCCCCACACAAGGCACAUUGUAGAGGACGGUCAGAACAGAAGGCAACAAGCAGAAAGACGGGACCAAGUGGCCACAGAGAAGACCAAACACCGACUGGAUAUACAAGAUGGCUUCAGUACAUUCAGAUCAGCAGACACAGACUUUCAACUGUUGGGAAUUUGUAAUCAGGUUGAAAUGUUGCUCAACAAACAAUUACUACAGCCAGCAAUGUAAAAUGGUAAACAAGUCAAUGGUUAUGACUGGAAAAUGUUUGCCUUGCCUGUCAUAUUUAUUGUAACUUUGCCGCAUUUCAAAGGAACAGGCAAGUGGCAUUAACUUGCAGGGCUUUGUUGGAAUUUCUAAGAACAGAUACUUGUAUAUGACAACAGU